GCAACUAAAGACAGAAAAGCGAUGUGUAAUUAUACAGAUGACGAAGCAGAAAAACAGGACAGCAAAGCACGGUACAAAAGAUCCACGGAUACAUGAAACCUACCAGGAUAGUAUUGACAAAUGUUCCAACACCGAUACACAUAUAUACCCCUAACGAGGCCUUGCGUUAUAGCCGCUUCAAAGCCUUUUUACGUUUCUCCAUCCCUCCACCACCAGGUGCCGCGCCACGCUUGACAGCUUUACUAGACGCUGUCACGGCAACUCUGGUACUAUUUGUGUUCGCAGCAACGUUCGAGGUCGAGUCUCCAGGACCCAGUGGUGAUGGCGACGUGAGACGUGUUGCGCUCUUCUCGGAUGAGAGUGAGGAGGCUGAGUCGGAAUUCGAGAGCGUGUUGGAUGCAGAGAAUUGAAGAGGAGUUGAAGAGACGGGUGGUGUAGCGACUGGAAGCGUUUUUAGCAUGGAUGGUGUGAGGAAAGGCACGAUUGGGUCUGUCGGUGGUGGUUUUGACGCUGUUGGUUUUGUGGAUGGAAUUGAAUCUGAGGCUGAGUGCGACAAGGCGGGAGUGUCGAAUUCUGGUGGUCGAGUCUGAAUAUGAUAAGAUAACGUUCAAACUCACAAGCCACCUAUAAAACUGACUGAACGACAAACCUUUGGCGUCGCAUGUACGCUAGUGAUCAAUUUCGCUCGAUCACAAUAGCUGUUAUAGUCUUCCAGAAGUAACUUGCCCGCCUCCUCAUCAAGAGCAGACUCAGGGUUGGGGUAGAUUAGCAGGCAUUUCACAGUCACUAAUAUAUGUCCAAUGCCAUAUGAUGACUGCC